AUGAACGACAUUUCUUCUUUUCCUCAAACGAUGAUGACUGGCAUGGUCGAUGGGCGCGAUCAGGGCCUCGAUCACGAACAGAACAUGCGUAAAAUCUAUCAGUGGAUUAAUGAACUCACAAGCCCCGAAACCCGCGAAACUGCCUUGCUAGAGCUGUCGAAAAUGCGCGAAAAAGUCGAGCAACUUGCCCCAAUGCUUUGGCAUUCCUUCGGAACCAUAGCCGUUCUUCUUCAAGAAAUCGUCGGCGUUUACCACGCCAUUGAUCCCGCCACUCUCACACCUAAUCAGUCAAAUCGAGUAUGCAACGCCCUGGCGCUUUUGCAAUGCGUCGCUUCUCACCCGGAUACUCGUCAAUUUUUCCUUCAAGCUCAUAUUCCUCUCUUUCUUUAUCCGUUUCUCAGCACUAAAAGUGCAAACCGAAGUUUCGAAUACCUCCGUCUCACUUCCUUGGGCGUCAUUGGCGCUCUCGUCAAAACCGACGAAAACGAAGUCAUUACAUUCCUUUUGCAGACUGAAAUCGUCCCUCUCUGUUUGGAAAUAAUGGACGGCGGUUCCGAGUUAUCAAAAACCGUGGCCACUUUCAUUCUUCAAAAGAUACUGGUCGAUAACCAAGGAUUGGACUACAUUUGCGCGACGUACGACAGAUUCUGUAAUGUUGCCCUGACACUCGACAAGAUGGUUCACCGUUUGGCCGAAAAGGAUUACUCAAAUCCGGGAAGAUUGCUCAAGCACAUCGUCAGAUGUUAUUUGCGGCUUUCGGACAACUGCCGAGCGAAGGAAGCUCUCCGACAAUGUCUUCCUGAACAGCUCAAGGACACGACUUUUGCGCCCGAUCUCAAAGAAGACCAGACCACGAAAAGAUGGCUUGUUCAACUGCGAAAGAACCUGGAAGAGCCAGGCCCCCGAACAAGCACUCUGGGAUGA